UGUGAUUUCCUUCGCAGUAGUUUCUGUGGUGGUUAGAAGCAAGCUGGGUUCCAAAGAACUCUCUUGGUCUUAUUUAUCAUCACGUCCAGGCCGGACAUGGACUACUAGUCUCGGGGUUACUUCUUCUAAACCCGAUCCAGCUUCUUCAUCUCCAAGCGCUCGAACAUCCCCCUCAUACUUUGACGAAAGAACCAUGACGAGAGAUGAAAAACUUGAAGCAGGUCUUGCUAAGGCUAGGACUUUAAUAAGACAAUCCGCAAGGCAAGGCAACUUUACAUUAGCUCACGAAGAUCCCGAUUAUGUUCCACAAGGUGACAUUUACAGGAACGCACAGGUCUUUCAUCGGAGCUACCUCUUAAUGGAACGCCUGUUCAAGAUCUUUAUCUACAAGGAAGGAGAGUCGCCGAUAUUUCACAAUGGUCCUUGCAAGAGCAUUUACUCUAUGGAGGGAGUCUUCCUUAGCAUAAUGGAAACAGAUACCAAAUUCCAGACCUGGGAUCCCCGUGAAGCUCAUGUCUUUUUUCUUCCCCUUAGUGUCGUGAUGAUCAUAGAGCUCCUCUUUGAUCCAAUUAUUCGCGACAAAGCUGUGCUAGAGCGCAUUAUCGUUGAUUAUGUCCACCUCAUAUCGCACAAGUAUCCAUACUGGAAUAGAAGCCUUGGAGCCGAUCAUUUCAUGCUUUCCUGCCAUGACUGGGGGCCACGGGCAACAUGGUAUGUUCCACAGCUAUAUUUCACUUCCAUUCGGGUACUAUGCAAUGCGAACACCUCCGAGCACUUUAAUCCAAAGAAAGAUGCAUCAUUACCUGAAAUCAACCUGGUAACGGGGGAGAUUGCGAAUCUCACUGCUGCUGGUGGAUCGCCCCCGUCUAAUCGCAUAAUUCUAGCCUUCUUUGCAGGUGCAAUGCAUGGAAGAAUAAGACCAGCACUUUUCCAUCACUGGAAGGACAAAGACAAAGACGUACAAGUAUAUGAAAGACUCCCCGACGGACUCUCAUACCAUGAGAUGAUGAAGAAAAGCAAGUACUGUAUCUGUCCCAGUGGGCAUGAAGUUGCCAGCCCAAGAAUUGCUGAAGCAAUUUAUGCAGAAUGUGUUCCAGUGUUAAUAUCACAACAUUAUGUCCUCCCAUUUAGUGAUGUUCUUAACUGGGAAUCAUUCACGGUUCGGGUGUCAGUGGAUGAAAUACCAAACCUCAAGAAAAUCUUACUGGAGAUUCCUGAAGAUAUGUACGUACGUAUGCAGAAGAGAGUGAAGCAGGUCCAACGACAUUUUGUGGUAAACGAUCCUCCCAAGAGAUACGAUGUCUUCCAUAUGAUAAUUCAUUCGAUUUGGCUGAGGAGAUUGAAUUUUCAAAUCAAUAUGUGA